AUGCGUAAGAAGGAGAAGUUCCAUCGGUCAUGCAGCCACAAGUCCAUCAGCGCCCUGUCCAUGAGCCGCAGGGUAUCGGCCGUUGCGGGCGCGGGGGCGCGCACCAUCGCGGCGUGUUUCGAAGCGAUCAAGGCGACCGGGGGGGUGCGCAACCUCUUUGGCAAAUGUGUGGCAGUGGAGCCGAAGCCAUUGGAAGUGCGUGUUCGGUUCGCGCCAUUCAGCGACUUGGGGGGCGCGUUGACGGGCAGGAUCCGCAACUCCGACGCGGGCGUCGACGACGUCGACCCGAACGCUUCCAUGAAGGACUCGGUGGGCGCAUCGAUCCCGCAGACGCCGCGCUACCCCGAGGACAUGGCUGCCGCGGGCCUCUCCGACGGAAAGGCCUUGCCAGUGGAGGCUAACGGGCCGACAUCAGGCCACGCCCUAGGCGUCUUUCUAAUGUGCGCGAGCGGCUGCACAUCCACGCUUUUUGAGUUUGCAUUCGACGGUGCGCGGCUCAUGGCGCGCGGCGCCAAGAGGGUGCAAGAGGUUGGCCUUCGGUCCGACGGUGCCACUUCGAAGGGCGGAAUGCGCGACGCCAAGAGGCGCCGCGGCCAGGGCGCAGGUCCGCUGCCGAGCGGGGGGAAGAGCGCCGCGCCCCUUGGCUCGCCGAAGAUCGGGAAGUGCGGCUACUGCGACGCAGUGGAGAGCGAUGCUAACGCAUUUCCAGAUGCGAAGUUCCCUGGGGGGACGAUUGCGAAGUUCUUCCACGCGUGCAGCUACCACAUCAAGGCGUGCGUGCGCGGUCAGUGGCGCUUCGACUUCAGCUGGGCGGCGCCGCGUGCGGAGACAGCGCGCGAUCAGGAGAUCAGCGCUGCGUUCGAGACGACUUGCGAGGUCGCGUCUGGCCGUGCCUCGGCGGCCCCCAGCCCCCACGACGUGGCCCUCAAGACGGACGCGGGAUGUGCAGCGUUCUCGGACUGCAUGAUUGUCAACGACCAGAAGUACAAUAAGGAUUUCUUCCCCCAGGGCGCGAGCACGCUGCCUCCUACGGACGCAGGCGAGCGGAUUACCAGCAUCAAGAACGAGCGCCGCGCUGAGGAAGUGAGCGGCAUUUUGGUGUUGGACCCCGACCGGCCGCACACGAAGGUGCGUAAGUGGUCUAGCACGUACGGGUCUCAUUCGGAAUGGUCUCUCCACGCCGGCAACAACUGCCGCGGUGGGCAGGGGGCGAGCGCCUCGGGCGCGAUGGAGAAGCUCAUGGGGCAGAUGUUGCCGUCGGCCCUGCGCGGGCGCGCGGGCGUCCCCACUGUAGGGGAGGUGCGGCAACGAGCCAUCGGGGCCGCGCAGCUGGAGUUGCCGAUCCCACUCGCCGCGCUGCUGGACAAGGGUCAAGAUCACAAGUUGGGGGACAAGAUCUACACCCUGAGGCGCUUCAGGCCGCGCAGUGCGGGAACGGUUGGCAAUGCGCGCGGCGAGCUGCUCGACGCCAUCGACGCCUUCUUGAUCAUCGGUGGUAGCGCCGUGGACACCAUGAAGAGGGACGCGAGGACUAACUUGUUGAAGAAGCCGAAGAACGCCAGGACCACCGAUGCCUACAAGUCCAAGCUGAAGCUUGUCGGGGGCAGCCGCGCGCGAGGCGACAUCGGUGUUUCAGACGGUCAACAUUAUCAUCCCAUGGAGUGGGGCAUCUGCGGCAGCGACGAGAAACUCCGGACUUGCCGGGACUUCAUCCUCAACCGCGUCGCCCUUCAAUUGGCCGGGGCCAUCGCCGAGCACGUCGGAACGAAGGAGGUCCGCGACGGGGUGCCCGAGGAUAUGAAGCCACUCGCGCAUGCCCUCUACGUUUUCGCGGAGAGCAUGAAGGCGCUGCUGGGCCCGUCCCCCGGAGCACUGAUGAGGCGCCCUGCCGGACGCGAUGUCCGCAGGUUCCUUCGAGAGGAAUGGGAUUGCGAGGGCUGGGGGAACGUAGUCUUCGCGUUCGGCGAGACCUUGAUGGAGCGCGUGGCCGAGCGCAACAGGGCGUGCCACACCGACGUCAAUCAUGGCGAGACCAUCAGCACGUACGAGGCGCUGCGGUCUGAUGCGGCCGCCGCCGCCCCAGCCGACUCCGGGGUCAUCUUUGAUGGAUUUGGCCAGUGGGGUGGGCAGCCCCGCGGGGGCGGGGCGACCGACCCGGCGAACAAGAUCGGCAGCUCGCUGGAGCAGUGGAUCCAAGCGCGCGUGGCCACUGGCCCCGACGCGCCCCAGUUUGCCGAGGACCCUGCCAAGCUGGCGACCAUGGAGAUCAAGUUCACAGCAUUCAUGGCCAAGGCUGUCGACUCAAGAGGGGUGGGCGAGACUUGCGUCGAGAAGCCUAACGACGUAGCCGCCAAGCUCCGCAACCUUGCGGCCAGACUUGCGUCGGCGGCCGAGGAGAGGGGCCUCCUGCGCGCAUGCGCCGCCCUGGACUUUGAGAUGCCAGAGACUGCGGAGAAGGUGCGCGACGCCCGCCAGAAGUGCAUCGGGGCGAAGUUCGCCAGGGCAGAGUCGGCCAAGAAGAUCAUGGAGUGCAUCGAGAAGUGUCGCGCGCAAGGCGUCAGCUCGCUCGUCACGGUCGCUCCCGAACAGGUUGUGAAUAGACCUGUUGAUGAUAUCGUGAAGGCCUCGGGUUUGGGCAUCUCCCUCGUUGAGCACGUCGAGCCCUCCCUGAUGCAACGCGGGGCUUUGCUGGGUGACAGGGUCCGCCCCAGCGGGCUCGUCCAGUUCGGCAAGACGCUCAAGGCCUUCAAGGACUACGAGGCGGCCGUCGAGUAUUUUGACUUUGGUCGGGUGGAUCAGGGUGGCGAUUGCAUCCACCUCGGCUCGCGCGUGAGGUUCUUCGAGCAGUGCAAGGAGCACUUCGACGCCCUGUUGAACGCUUGCCCUGAGAAGUUGGCUGCUUUCUCGGAGGCGUUCUGGGCCAUGUCGAUGAAGGCCGUCAACGAGGAGCUCGCGGAGCUCGGCUCGAUCGCGGGCGGCGACCUCCAGGGGAAUAAGAAGCACCGGGCCAAGGAUGUGGCCGACGCAGGGGCGCUGGGCAUCUUGCUAGCCCGCGCCGCGAAGACGUUGUUCAAACAGAAGGGCAUCUCGGCGAAGAUCAAGCAGCUCGCGGGCAGCAUCAAGGUGAGUUCGGUGCGCGACGCAGUGCGCGACGCCGACGACUUCGGCGAGGCCGACGUGAACGCUGCCAUCCUGCAGGCGGUGCCGGACCGCUUGUCCGAGGUGCUGACCAGACAGUGGAUGAUCUGGAGUUCCACGGAUCACACCAUGGUGAAACCGAAGGACAUCGACGUGGAUGCGGACGAUAAGGCGAAGCAGGGCAUCGAUGUUCUGUCGGUGGAGGCCAUUGUUGGCUUCACGGUCCAGGACGAACGUUUGCCCGACCUGGACGGGCGCCUGUUCGUGAGGCAAAGUGGAGAGUUCUAUGACAGGCCGCUGUAUGCGAACGAGGCCGGGUUGCCGGAGGAGUCCACCCUGUACUUGUAUUGGUUCAAGCAGGGUGGCAGCUCGAGGGAGGGACAUGAUUUCAGCAACGACACGAACAUCCGCGACACGGACGAUCCGAACGAGUUCUUCCAGCCUGGGUGUUGGGUGGUGAGCUCUAAAAUGGGCGCGGGUCCGACUUCCUUCUACGGGGAUCGCGAAGACGCAGACUUCAUAAUUGCUUAUAUUGGCGAAAAGUGCGCCACGCCUUACGACAUUGCACCAGGGGCGCGGUGGUGGAUGAAGGACGAGUCGCUGGGCAUUUGGACUCUGCGGACGCUGGGGCUGAGGCGCCACAUCUUGGAAAACAACGAUGAGAUGAUGGACUUCUUCGAGAGCUCGGAUGAAGAAGGACGCAUGCAAUGAGGAGGAUAAGGAUUAUGAGAACAAUGAUCAGGAGAAUGACGAUACGUAUUCGGCACGGCGGGCCGACUACUAAUAGCAGGCUUCAUCAUUGUAAGCAUGUUGUAAUGGCAAUUUCAGGUGAUGCGCACCGAAUGUGCCCUUGGCAGUCCAGAAGUGGUUGCCAACAGUUCCGUUUAGAUUGAUGGGUGAUGCAAGUCCAGUGCUCACAUACACAAUGUGCAAGACGGACCAGUGAGAUAGGCCCCGUUUGCGUCGCGAUUGCGCCGAAUGUUAGAGAGAGCGCAGAGCGAGGCUUGCCGUCGGACCGCCUAAAUCUGCAGCAUGGCCAUGUGCGAUUUAUGGGUCCGGUCGACGUGUUCCUCGAAGCUCUCGAUCGCGGGGCUGCGAUCGCCUGUUGCGGCUUGCCGGGCGGCCGUCUUCAGGGUUGUGUCCGUCGUGGUCGUUUGAAACAUCCGUGAUCGGCUCAUACCUGCGCGCGCCUGCGCAGCCAGGGCGCCGCGCAAGCACUGG